GUUUCCGGUAUGUAACUGGCAAUUUGCUGGCCGUGUGUUAUUGCGAACAUACAGGAAGAGAGCAGGGAGACGAGGGUGGUAUGGAGGCAUGAUCCUAUCCAGUAACUGAGUGGGGGUGCAGUGUGAGUGCAGGAUUGGGGUGUGAAAGACUGAAAAUGGCAGAUGGAGAAGCUGAUGAAGAAGUGAUUCACUUGGGCACUUUCCAUCGUCAUCGGGGAGAAGAUGGGAACGCUCGGGACUUUAUUAAUGCCACAUCAGAUGACUCUGAUGUUGAGCUGUCGUACGUGAAAGAGGAGGAGCAAGAGGAGGAAGAUGAUGACGAUGACGUGGUUAUUUUGGAGCCACAGAAGCAUCAGCUGCUGCGUCCAAAUGUGAUCCGUCCAGCGGCUCGCUGGGGAGCAGUUAAACUAGAAGGCCCAGGACCCGCUGGACCUCCAGCUGCGUAUAAUGCAGAAGUGUUGGUUGCUGCAGCACCUGAGCCAUUGGUUCCACCUUUAAGAGGUGCUGGACAGGGGGGUGCAGUGCCCAAAGUGGAUAAAGAUGCAGGUGCCUUUGGUCCAAUUUUGCUCCAGCAUCACCGGCCGCAGCUUAGGUUUCAACCAGUCCCAGCAAUCCGCCAGCCAGCCAAUAGAAACGGACAGGCAGAGGAGGUGGACGAUGAGAGACCCGGGCCAGCAUUCCCCAUUCAGAACCCUCUGAAUGCAGCUUAUGCCGUGGAGUACGACAAGGAUCUCGUGAAGUCACUGGCAGAUGAAACGGCUGAUCUCUUCCCAGGUAUAGAUAAGGUAUUUGUGGAAAACCUUAUACAGAGACGGCAUUUGACAGAUUUAAAUGCAAUCACUUAUUACUUGUUAGAAAAUCCUGAUUAUCCAAAGAACGGGAGACCUCCUGUGCUGAAUCAGUUAAAUAAUCUCUGUGAAACGUAUGCGGAGAGACAGCAAAGACAGCAGGAAUUGUUGCUUCCAAAUGUUGUACCUCCACCAGCACAGUGGGGGACUCCCGUUCCACACAGAACCCGGGGCGUGCCACAGGAAGCUCACAAAGGAGGCCCUUUAGGUCCUUACGAAAGGAGAAUCGUCGUGGCACGCCGCCGACUCUCAGAGGACAGUAACAAUAACAGAGGGAAAAAAGAUCGGCAAAUAUUGACAUUGGCUGCUGCGGUGCCAAACGGGGCUGUGGCAGCUGGAGAAGUGGGUCAUGUGGGCGCUCCUGGUCCCGUAUUGCAGCAACCAAGGUUUGAACCUGUCCUAGAGGUUAACCCAGGCCCAGAGGCCCGGCAGAUGGGAAGUGGAUAUGGCCAGGCAGUGGAGCUCGACAACGAGAGACCUGGGCCUGCUUUCCCAGUACAGGAACCUCUGGAUCCAGAUGCAGGUUAUGCCGUGGGGUACGACAAAGAUCUGAUCACCUCAUUGGCGAAUGAAACGGCCAAUCUCUUUCCUGAUAUAGAGAAAGCGUUUGUGGAAAGCCUUAUUAGGACCCACAAUUUGGCUGAUUUAAAUGCAAUUGGUAACUACUUGUUAGAAAACCCUGACUAUCCAAAGACGAAGGAGCCACCUGCCCACAGAGCAAGCAUUCUUCUUGAAGCCAGUGAAGACACGCCUAAUAAAGAAGAUUAUUUUGACUUCGCCAAGCUGCAGCCUGCACACCACCGCACUGUCAUGCAAGCUGCUGAUCUCCUCAUGGCUGAUUUUAAAAUGUUAAGCAGUCAAGACAUCAAAUGGGCUCUCCAUUCCCUCAAAGGACACUAUGCAAUCACACGCAAGGCCUUAACGGAUGCUGUUAAGAAGUGGCGAGAGACAUUCCCUGAAGCUACAAAAAAGCAGAAAAGGCAAAAAGAAACAAGCCAGAUAUAUAUAGAUUUCAAGUUUGAACAUGGUGAUCUUAAGUUAGAGAGGCGCUUGCAUUUUCUGGAAAACAAGAGGCGGCACUGGAGAAUGUAUGACAGAAAAAGCAUCGUUCCACCAUUGCUUAAAGAAAUAAACUUCUAUGAACAGAAAGCGAAGGAAAUGGCUGAGCAUGAAGACUUCUUGUUGGCUCUGCAGAUGAAUGAGGAGCAGUAUCAGAUGAGCAUCACCUUGCGAUAUAAUUGGGGGCGUGCUGCCUGUCUCGCUGGGUUGUACCCGCUGUGUUCGCAGGACGGACAGCUGAUUGAGUGCCUCUGCUGUUAUGGCGAGUUUGCCUUUGAAGAGCUCACGCAGUGUGCAGACGGGCAUCUCUUCUGCAAGGAGUGCCUGGUGAAGUACGCGCAAGAGGCUGUCUUUGGUGCAGGAAGGUCGGAGCUGAGCUGCAUGGAUGGGACCUGCCAGUGCUCCUUCCCAACGAGCGAGCUGGAGAAGGUGUUACCAGAGAACAUUCUGUGUAAAUACUACGAGCGACUCGCAGAAGAGGCUGUGGCUGCCACCUGCGCAGACGAACUUGUUAGAUGCCCCUUCUGUAAUUUCCCAGCUCUCUUGGAUAAAGAAGUGUUUCUUUUCAGCUGUCCGAACGCACGCUGCAGAAAGGAAAGCUGUAGGAAAUGCCAUAUUCUUUGGAAGGACCACAUUGACCUGACUUGUGACCAGGUGGCCGAGAAAGAUGAAAUCCGCAUAAGGGUGUCUUUCGAGGAGAAAAUGACGGCGGCCCGCGUGCGGAAGUGUCACCAGUGUGGGACAGGCCUGGUCAAGUCCGAAGGCUGCAACCGAAUGUCUUGUCGCUGUGGAGCCCACAUGUGCUACCUCUGUCGAGCCCCCAUUAACGGAUACAACCACUUCUGCCAGCACGCCCGCACGCCCGGCUCCGCCUGCCGACAGUGCCAGAAGUGUUCGCUUUGGACAGACCCCACGCAAGAUGACGAGCAAAUAAUUAAAGAUCUUCAGACGGAAGGAGAAAAUGAACUAAGAAAGAAAGAUGCAGAUCAUGCUGUCAAAAGAGUUGGCCCUCCUCCAGAUACGACCCCUGCCAAAAUCCCCCGGAGGCAGGAUCCGGUCCCUGGGUUUAAUGUCCAGAGACUCGUCCAGCAGCACCCACCGCCUCCACACCUCCUACACCCACAGAUCAUGUUGCCGCACAUCCCCCAUCCGCACCUAAACGUGCCCCUUCACAUCCAGCCUGCACCUUACGUUCCCCCCCUGCCAAACCUGCAGGUAAACUAUGAACUCCCCAACAUGAAUCUGGACAUUCAUUUACCGAUGCACUACGGACCCCAUCCCCCUUUUUUCAGGCCAAUGUAAAGGUUUUAAGUGACAUCGUUCCGAUCAGAAGCAGAGAGAAGUAGAAAUCGACAUUCCCUUUGCCCCCUCCCCCAGAGUCAAGGGAUUUGAUGCAGGGUUAUUAAGCCUCCUUCGAAGAUGUUCUCGCAAAGGCAUUUAUGGAGAAAGGGGAUUGAAAUGUCAUGUUCUGGACUUUUAUUGUGUGGAGAUCACCCAAGCCUCUCCAUACUACAUUUAACGUUGCCAGACUGCAAUAUUGUAAACCUGAAGCGAGUUCGGUUUGCCUCUCCUUCCUGAGUGGCUGUAUUUACUUUUUUAGUUCAACGUUCAAUGACGUUCUCAUUUUGCAGAUGUAUCCCAACAUAUAAAAAUAAGAAUAACUGGUGUUUGAGUUGAAAGUCCAGUUUGUACAGAAGAGUGGUUGCUUGAGUUUACCUUGUGUCUGUUUGAGGUAUAAAGGAGCUGAAAAAAGUUUAAAUUAUAAAAAAUUUAAACGAAUUAACAAAUGGAAACUAUUUUAGGUGAAUCACAGUUGCGAAAUUUGUCAAACUUUUUUUUUUUUCAAUGCAUUUGCUCUUUUGAUGGAGUUUACAUUGGCUAUAUAUAUAUAUAUAUAUAUAUAUAUAUAUAU